AGAUUUCAACCGUCACAUUAAAUUAGCCACUCCUCCGUUUUAGCAUACGGCGAUGAUAGCUAACAGCUAGCUACAUUUUUUUCUUUUUUUUUUUUAGCUAUUAGGAAAGAUGGCAGGAGAGUUGCGAGGCUUUGCGCUGGAAAAAGCCGAGCUGCUUUCCAGUCGUUUAAAGGAUCUCCUGUCCUCCGGAGAAGGUUAUGUUAGGUCUCAAUUUGGGGUAGAUUUGGGUCUGAAGCCCGAGCUAUACCCGACGUGGGUCGUCCUGACUACGGCCGCCGUGGGGCUGCUGUUGGCCGCCGUCUGCGGCGCUCUGCUCGUCGGGAAAAAGCGGGGAUGCCCGGUCACCCAAGGCAGCGGUGAGCCCGCUAAGGCCCACUUCGCUAAAACUGCUAAACCAGAGGAACAAAAGAAGAGGAACAGAAAGAAAACGCUGGAAAAGAAGACUCAAUCCAAUGGACAACCAGUGACUGUGGCUCAAGAGGAAAAUAAAGUCACUGAGGUGGUGUCCAAGUUGUCCCCAAAGAUCAAAACUGAGAAGGUGCGUGAGGUACAGGCACCAGUGCAGGUGAAAAAGAACAAGAAGAAAACCAAGACAGAUGUGAAACCGUCCCAGAAUGUGUCUACAAAUGAUGGGAAGGAACCUGACGAUGGUGCGUGGGAGACCAAAGUCAGUAACCGAGAAAAGAGGCAGCAGCGCAGGAAGGACAAGGGCCCUGAGGACUCUGGUAGCUCAGGACUGGUGGAAGCCACCAAGACCCGUGGGGAGUCACCUGCGGCCACAGCACCCACCAACACUAAGAAGAACAGAGGAAACCAUGAGUCCCUGCAUUCAAGAGAAGCUGGCAAAGGGGAGGCAGCUGGUGGCUCAGUGGCCUCCAGCUGGAGAGAGGAGCCUUCAGUCAACGGCGGACGGUGGACCGAGAUUUCCUUGAAGAUCCCGGGUCAGAUGGGUACCAUGGAGGGGACUAAGUGGAGUGCCAUCCACACAAAUCCACAUUACAGGACCCAACCUGAACCCCAGUCCUGGGCGCAGGAGACUCAAGCAGCGUGGAGUGGCAUCAAUGGCCGAAAUAAAACUGACCUCAACCCCGUGUCGUUCUCCAUGCUGGGACUUAACACCACAGAUUCAGUAUCAAAUUCAAUUGGGCUGCAGUGGGCGAGACACCCUGAAGUUGACGAAGCAUGGUCUGGAUUCAAUGGGGUGGCAGCAGUGGACCCCAGCUCCGACUGGAAUGCCCCAUCAGAGCACUGGGGAAACUAUGAAGAGCCUCCCGUGUUGGUGACACCAGCGCCUCCAGUGAAGGAGCAGCCUGCUCCCAGCAAGGUAUCAGAGGAUGAGAAGGACACUGAGGAUCCUGCUGGCGGAGCAGCCAAAUCCAAGAAGAGGAGAAGAAAGAAGAAGAAAACAGAAGAGGAGGCUGCAUCUGAGGCUCAGACGGUGAGCGCUGCGCCCCCCACUGUACCCAAACCCCAAGAGCUUCCUGUGCUGGCCUCCAAAAAGCAGAAUCCCAACAUUUCCUCCUCUCAGAAGAAGUCUGAGCAGAUCGUGGAGCCUCCGAAGCCCUCCCAAAAGAAAAAGGUCCGAAGGGAAACAUGAAGUCACAUCACAGGUCUAAUACACAACUUAUGCAAAUGAUUGUUAAAUGUGUCACAUGCAAUAAUUACCAGGUACAGAGUUUCUUUCUAAGAUACGUUAACAGUUUAUCAGUUACCGAAAUAAAACGAGAACAAGCAGUGGAUAUCACCUGCUUGACUAAAUAAAAUGAUGAAAUGUGGUCCUAUGGACUUAAAUCUUACCUAAUUUGCACUAUUUGCUACACUGCAAAAAAAGAUUGGAGUUUCAGGAGAGGUGGAACUUGCAGUGGAGGUACAUGUUUAUAUUCAUAUUUUUAAUGGCAUCACAAGUGUUUUUUUUCCCUCCAAGAGUGUAUGUUUAUCAUUGUUAACCCAAAAAUACAAAACGGGUUUUCUUCAUUUUUAUUUUUUUGCUAUAAGAAAAUUUAAUUUACACGAGAGGCGCUUCUUUUUUUUGUUUUUUUUUUUUGCUUCCCCAGAAUGUUGCACUUUGUUUUGUUUGCAAUGCUGCCGUCCUGAUAUGAAUUAAAUGUGUGAGAGCAAACUGCUUAUGAGUGCUGAUCUCAGAUCAGUUUUAAAGGAUAGGUUUGGAUUUUUACAAGUCUAUGUUAAUACAACACUCACAUACCAUCUGUACACUCAGGCCAUGAAGUGAUACCUUGUUCUGUGCAAAAAUGCAUUCUGAACUUCAGCUAAGCUAGUGUGAGACAAACUGAUGGGUAUUUUUCCAAAGUAACUGUCUUUUUUGUUCCCUCAUUGUGUUUCCUUGCUGAGUUGCGGCGGAGGGAUACGUCCCGGUACUUGCAUGUAGGUUUGUUGCUGGGACGAAACAUGUGCAGUAACCUACAUGCGACUGUCAAGACAAAUAUGUCAAACUGCCAAAGCCUCAUUAUAGUUUCAGUUGAAGUUCAGAAUCCAUUUUUGCAUGUCACAGAGAGUACGUAUCUUUUCUCUUCGUACCAUAUUUCUUACAGCGUAGUCGCUCUAUGAAGAUAUCAUUACACGGCCUGUAUGGAUAAACUGUACCUAUGACAUAUGAGUGUAAAACAGACUCAAACUUAACCUUUUCCCCCGAAAUCUUUCCUUUGAGUACAAACAUUCACAUCAUUGUUGAUGGUGUAGUUUGCUCCUUUAUGAGGAACGGCAGCUGUGGUCAGGUUGAAGAACAUGUCAGCGACAGCGGGAAAAAAGUAUCUUCUCCACAACCGCUCCUGCUGUGUAAUCCACCUUCCUGCUUCCCAUCUAUACGAUAGUAUGUUCCAAACAUUCAUAGUUUUGCCAAAAUAUUGAUAUUCUACUAUUUGAGCUUCAGAGCUUUAGAGAUCGGGAAAGCAAGACACUGAAGCAGCACAUUUAGCCAUAUUUUACUGAAACUAUGAUGAUAGUUUGGGAGACAUCGGGCAUACAAAUGGACAGCAGAACUUUUUAUUUACUUUUGGAUCAGAUAAACGUGUUUUUUUCAAAGCUACAUUUAGAAUUUGGGCAUAAAAAGCUGAUCCUGGAUUCACACUGGGGACUGGAGAGCAUAGUAACUGAUGUCAACCACCAGGAGGCACUGUAAUGUGAAGUCAAGGAGCAGUGGGAUUAUCCCAUAAUGCAGUAGCACUAUUGAGUAUUGCCCUUCUACUUUUUAUCUCUCUGAGUAUGUUGAUUUUUAUCAGACUAGACUGUGCAUUGAUUUUUAUGGUUCCUUCUGCACUCUACAUGAUUUUUUAAAAACCUUUUUCUUUCUUUUUUUUGUGCUAGAAAAAGCCAUGCCAUUAUGUACAGAUUGUAAGGGCUUUUUCCAGUUUCUGUGAUUGCACUGUGCAAAAGGCUGUAUUGAGUUCCUUUUUGAUGUAGAUGAAUUGUUUUUUCUACCUUUUUGCUGAAUGUGAAAUGUGUAACUUUUGCUUUGUUACUGACUUCCAGGAUUUAUGAUGGGGGAAAAAAAAAAAAAAGUUUUUUUGACAUAAAUUGAGAAUGAAGACGUACAUAGCAGCUUUAAAUCCACAUUAAAGUUGGUUUAAAACAACACACAAACACACACACACACAGUAUAUAUAACAGGAAUUUAAUUGACUGAACGUUUUUACAAUUAAUUCUAUUGCCUUAACCUGUAGUUGUAUAGAAAGUGCAUUGACGACCUUUUUUAUAAUUUCCAUCCAAUUUGCAAGUUUUGAUGUCAGAAUUAAUUUCAUCUUGCAUGACUUUGAUAAUAGUACUUGUGUACAUGAAAUGAAAUGAACAAUCUCUUGCUUUAACUGUUCGUACUUGGUCCUGGAGCACCACUCAGUGUAUAUACUGUAAUAGGAGAAUAAUUGCAGUGUUUUCUGUGGGCAUCCGGUUUAGUGGAAAAUGAACAGGACCGUUGUCGGUCAGCUUAGCGCAUCACAGUGUUGAUCAGCUGGUGAUGGUACAUAGUUGUUGGUAGACCUGAUAGAUCAUAAAGAACAAAAUGAAAUGUCGCCGUGGCAGCAGACGCCUUUCUCUUUUUUUUUUCUUCAUUUAAUUUUUACCGAUGAUUUAAGAUGAUUCAAUCAAUGUAUUUAUAUACGUGUCAUUAGCAAAUGGUUUUGUGAAUGAUUUUCUUUGAGGAGAUUCAAAUGAUAUUUCUAUGUUGAAAAUGAAAAAUAAAUGAGAAAUGCUUGAUAUCAA